AGCUGUUCUAGGCAAACGUUCUAUCCCUAUUAGCGUCUGUGUGUCCAAGACUUACUGUGGAGUAAGUCUAUUCCUGCUCGUAGGGAGUGUGCAGUAUAUCAGGGAGGCAGAUGUGAAAGAAGUAAAUUUAGAGGAGUAAAUACGGACCCUGGUAACUCUUCGGCGCUCAGUACGCUGGAUUACCUGACGAGGGGAGCGGAACUUAAAGUGCCGAUGUGUCGGGCUUCCGGGAUAGCGGGCUCCCACCAGCGACGCACCGUCAAGAUGGCGGCCGGCCUGCGGAAACGAGGCCGGGCUGGUCCCGCCGUCCGGGCAGCAGGACUCUGCGGGCAGUGGCUGCGGCGCGCCUGGCAAGAGAGGCGUCUGCUGCUGCUAGAGCCUCGCUACACGCUGCUGGUGGCCGCCUGCCUCUGCCUGGCGGAGGUGGGCAUCACCUUCUGGGUCAUUCACAGGGUGGCAUAUACAGAGAUUGACUGGAAGGCCUACAUGGCUGAGGUAGAGGGCGUCAUCAAUGGCACCUAUGACUACACCCAACUGCAGGGUGAUACUGGACCACUUGUAUACCCAGCUGGCUUUGUGUACAUCUUUAUGGGGCUCUACUAUGCUACUGACCAGGGUACUGACAUCCACAUGGCCCAGCAUAUCUUUGCUGUACUCUACCUGGCCACCUUGCUGCUUGUCUUCUUGAUCUACCACCAGACCUGCAAGGUACCUCCCUUUGUCUUCUUCUUCAUGUGCUGCGCCUCUUACCGCGUCCACUCCAUCUUUGUGCUGCGGCUCUUCAAUGACCCAGUGGCCAUGGCACUGCUCUUCCUCAGUAUCAAUCUCCUGCUGGCCCAGCGCUGGGGCUGGGGCUGCUGCUGUUUCAGCCUGGCAGUCUCUGUGAAGAUGAACGUGCUACUCUUCGCCCCUGGGUUACUAUUCCUUCUCCUCAUGCAGUUUGGCCUCCGUGGGGCCCUCCCCAAGCUGGGCAUCUGUGCUCUCCUUCAGGUGGUGCUGGGGCUGCCCUUCCUACUGGAGAACCCUAUCGGCUACCUGUCCCGCUCCUUUGACCUUGGUCGCCAGUUUCUCUUCUGCUGGACAGUGAACUGGCGCUUCCUCCCUGAGGCCCUCUUUCUCCAUCGUGCCUUCCACCUGGCACUACUAGCUGCCCACCUUACUCUACUCUUGCUCUUUGCCCUCUGCAGGUGGCACAGGACGGGGGAAAGUAUCCUGUCGCUGCUGAAGGAUCCUUCCAAAAGGAAAGUUCCACCCCAGCCCCUCACACCGAAUCAGAUCAUUUCUACCCUCUUCACCUCCAACUUCAUUGGCAUCUGCUUCAGCCGCUCCCUCCACUACCAGUUCUAUGUCUGGUAUUUCCACACACUGCCCUACCUCCUGUGGGCCACGCCUGCACGCUGGCUCACACACCUGCUCAGAUUGUUGGUGCUGGGGCUCAUUGAGCUCUCCUGGAACACAUACCCAUCCACAUCCUGCAGCUCUGUUGCCCUCCACGUAUGCCAUGCUGUCAUCCUGCUACAGCUCUGGCUGGGCCCCCAGCCUUUCCCCAAGAGCAUCCAGCACAGCAAGAAAGUGUACUGAGAUCCACCUCUUUUCCCAUCCAGUUCAUUCUCAGGAUCCUGGAUGGGGAUAGAUCCUGUGCCCUUCCCAAUAAACCUUAUCAAGUCUG